AUGAAUUGGUACGAUGUGGAUACUGCUGACCAUAAGAACAACGCGAGUCCCAGCAAGUUCCCAGGUAAUGACUCCAAUAUACCACCCACGCCGACCAAAUCACGGUUAAAUUUCAGCCAAAUAAAACAUUUGUAUCCUGAUAAACCAGCCCAGAUUACACAUAGCGACAAUAACAGCUACGAAAGCCUACUAUCUCCGCCAAACGUUAGUCGCUAUCCGAAUAGGUCGGUUGAUUCUGUUCCUUACGAAAAUGGUGCAGCGGACGAGUAUGAGUUUAGCAUCCCAUUAAGUCUAACGGCCCAGGAGUUGACGUUGCAAGAAUCAAAGACAUAUAUGAGGUGGUACAGUGAUAUACUAGCUAGAACAAACAGUCGAACAAUUUCGAUAUCGGACGUAUUCAGCUUCUUGACAAACUUUAAAAUCCCUGAUUCAGUGAGGCAGCAAAUAAGUCAAGUCUUUCAAAAGAUUAGCCGAAGCGUCAACAUUGGGGAGUUCUUUGCUUUGCUUAGGGUCAUUAGUCACACUUUGAAUGGUGAAACUCCCCUGAGGAAGUUGAUUAAAGUUGUGGCACCAGUGCCUACUCCGCCUUCUAUUCUAUCGAAAAAGAGGCUCAAUGAGGAAGAGGAUAGUUCAGAUCGAAGCGAUGGAGAAGGCGACAAUAUACAAAACACAAACCCCAAUAGCAAUGGGAAGCCGAUGACACCGCUUGACAUCGAUGGGUUUACCCAGUUUCUUUUAACGGGAGAACGACCAGGAUCGAAUUCCUCAACAAACUCCAACACCAACUCGCGAAAGCGCAAGUCCAAAAAAGUGAAGUUCUCUGAUCAGAUAGACGUGCACGAUGACUCAAACUAUUUGUCGCCAAUGGAAUCACCUCAGCCUGUUUCCCAAAAUCCCUUGGAUUAUACAUUACCUAUGGACCAGUUGCUCAAGCAGAUGCAAUCCAGUUUACAACUGCAAAACCCACAAGAACAGGAAGAGGAGAAGGAAGUGUUGAAAGAUGUUGAGAUCAACAAUUUCCAAAACUUGAACUCUGUCGAUACGGUAUCUGUAGGGGGCACCCCAGUUCCGCCCUCUGACUUUGCCAAUCCCAAUGACCAAGAUGAUAACUUGUUGAAACCAAACAUGACAGGCCCUGCACAAAUGUCAAAAAUGUUCUCUACGCUUCAACCCAAUUUCAGCAACAAUGAACCUGAUUUGAAGCCAUUACGGCCCAACGUGACUGGUCCUGCAGAUAUGGCAAGACUUUUUUCACCACCAGCAGCGCAAUCUCCACAACAAUCACUAUCUCCGCCACCAAUACAGUCACAGCAACAACAGCAACAACAAGAUCUACCCAAGAUUUCUCUUCUGGCUUUCACCUCACAAAUGACUGGUCCAACGUCGCAAAACACAUUUCAGAAUACUUUACAAAAUGGGAAACCACCAGUGCCGCGUCAUAGGUCACACUCAUCACCGAUACCCAACAAGCCUGCUCCACCUCCUCCACCUCCAAGAAGAAGAAACGCCAGUGGAAGAGGGGUCUCUUCACCUCAGCCACAACCUCAAGCGCAGCCACUCCAACAACAUUAUCCCCAGCAAAUUCAACAACCACCACCCGCAUUGCCUCCAAAGAUCCCCAAUAUCUAUGUGUCGGGACAUCCCAACAAUGAUUCGACGGGCAAUAUCUUGGACGAUUUGAAAGCGAUGCAGGAUGAAGUGGACAAGAUUCGGAACUUGACAGGAGGGUUUUAA